AUGGUUUCCGAGGAGUUAUCGAUAAUACUGGAUGGUGACUACUUAUGUCUUAAGCUAUUUUCAACGUUAUUACCGAUAAUGGGAAAUUGUUUAAGAAUUAUUAUUAAUAAAAUAAGAAAAAAGCGUAUCAUCAGAAAGAAUGUCGUAUUAUUGAUGGCUGGAUUAGAUGAUUCUGGAAAAACUUCAGUUCUUAAUUUUAUAUCUAAUGAUCUUGAUGAUAAUGUUAUGACAACUAUGGGAUUUAGAGUUGUCGCAUUAAAACAUAAAUUUUAUUCCAUAAAAGUUUAUGAUGUUGGAGGCGCACCUCAAAUAAGAUCAAUAUGGAAAAAAUAUUACGGUGAUAUACAUGGUAUAAUAUAUGUGGUGGAUGCUUCUAAUCUAUCACGUUUAAAUGAAAACAAAUUAGUAUUUGCUGAAUUAAUAUCACAUGAACAUAUUGCCGGAAAACCAAUUUUAUUAUUAGCUAAUAAACAAGAUAUAAGUAGUGCGAUUGAUGAAUUAGAUCUUGUUGAAAAUUUGGAUAUUGAACAUGCUGCGAAUUCGAUGCGAUGCCCAACGAGAGUUGAAACUUGUUCAUGUAUUAUUACACAAGAAUAUUACAAACAAAAUACUAUGGGGAUAGUUAAUGGUUUUAAAUGGUUAUUAGAUACAAUAUCUAAGAAUUACGUGGAACUGAAUAAUCGAAUAAAAGCUUCUCAAUCAGUUAUCGUACCUAUAAGUAACCAUGUACAGAAGAGACCAUCGAUAUCGUCAAUUACUCCGUCACAUGCAUCAAUUCGAUCUAAUCCUUUUAAACCAAUAAGCGAAUUAGUUAAUUCAAGUUCGGAGAAAAAUUUGUUAAAUAAAAAUGGUCGUGUAAAUAGCCGGAAUGGAUUUAAGGCAAAAAAUUUUCUAGUUAAAAAUAAAACCGCCCCUACGCUUGAAGAUGAUACCAAUAACACAGUCAACGAUAUAGAAUAUUUUCAUAAUGAAAUUGAAGACAGCGUUGCUUUCUUGCCAUUAGAUCCAAUUAACUUAAAAUCUCAAAAUUUCAAUAAAACCUUUAUACCACAAAUGCGACCAUUCACAGCUCCUGCUACAUCCCAAAGGCCAGAUGUAUUCGUAAUGCCUAAUUUACCGGGACAAGUGUUUCAGUAA